AUGAUUCGUCGGCAAACUCCGCGCUCCGAUCUAUUUGGAGUGGCGGUGCACGCUAUUAAUAACGUUGUUCCAUCGUUUAGUUUGUUUUACGUUGGUGGUCGCGGUGGAUGGAAUUUCGCUUCGCGUCCCUUCACGGUCUUCAUCGUCCUGAAUGGAAUCGUAUCGACGCGGACUGGCGCAAAAAGACACCGAUCGUGGCAGGCCUCAAGCAAUCGAUACGGAUUGACGAACGAAGACCUGAACAGACGAUGGAGUAACCCGAAUCAGGUACUCCAUCCGGUGAUCUAUCACACGAAGGGCCUGAUGGAGUACUGCACGAGGGUGCUCCAAAGGCCUCCUUACGUUUUCGUCGACUAUCACGGCCAUUCACGGAGGAAGAACGUGUUUCUGUUCGGUUGCUCAAGGUCGGGUUCUUGGAGCGCCGCGGACAGGGCGAAACCGGACCAGCCGGCGCAGUAUUUGAUGUUGCCGCACCUCAUGCAACGAAUAUCUCCGGCGUUCGCGUUGCCACUGUGCUCGUUCAAGGUCGAGAGGAACAAGGAGUCCACGGCUAGGGUAGCCAUAUGGCGGCAGUUAGGUGUCUCGAGAAGUUACACCAUGGAGAGCAGUUUCUGCGGAUGUGACCAAGGAACGUUGGCAGGCUUGCAUCUGGACACGAAACACCUGAAAGCGAUCGGUCAAGAUUUCUGCCAGGCUCUGUCGAUGAUGAAGGACUGCGGUGAAGAUUGGAGCGUGGAGAAAAUCCCCAUGGGGGAGGGUAUUCCCGAGGAAUCAGGAUGCAUGGAGGAUGACAUUUCGUCCAGCUGCGAGUCGGAUGAGUCCGAUUUUGAAACUUAGAAAUACCUGGUGAUUUCAAAUCUCGUAGAAUCGACAACGAUAUCGACGAUCGGCGUUCUUUCGCACAUCGAACAACAUGGCAAUAAUCCUAAACAAUAUGUCCAGAUUCCUUUGGUUGCUGAACGAAAGGAAGUAAGAACACCGAAGAAAGAUUCUGUACACUUUGAAGAAUUUUUAUUUAAAACUCGUAACAAAUAUCAAGCUAUCUCUACGGAGAUCCUACGUGGAAACUGAAGCCCAGUUUCAUUGAAUACAAUUUCGAAAACGAACGUGUCGCCGUUUGUCAAUUGAAACUUCUAUUAAAUUUGAGCAUUUUAGAUAUCACCGAUGACGGAACGUAUGCCCGCUUGAACCAGAAUUUGAGAACUUCGUUCGCUAAAAAAAGAAAGAAGAAAAGAAAGGAAUACAGCAGACGAUCGUACGCCAGAGAUCAAAUCAAAAAUUUGAAAGUCAACGUUACGAACAACCAACAUGGUAGAAGACUCGAAAACAGAAAGUGAUAUUCUAUAGAGAAAGCGAUUCGAGGCGAUUUUAAAGAUCAAAAAUCAUCGAAGCGAAUUGUUCUAUUUCUUACCAAAGGAAAAAAAAAAAAAAAUCUACAAAACGGAUUUAGUUGCGAGCGUCGAAGAAACAAAAUCCGUUCCCCAUUUACGCUACACCUCGCUGAUUACAUUUAUUGUAUGUGAUAUUUUCUCGAUUUUGUGAUCAUAAAAAAUAAAGCUUACUUGUAACACGGCAAAGUUCUCGCUAAAAAAAGAUUUUCACCCAAAACUCCCAAGCGCGUGUGCAAAAAUUCUCUCUCAUUCUCACUCGCAUUUUACGCUAAUCCUUAAUUAAAUUGAUUCAGUCUUCUACGAGGUCGUUAAUCGCGCACGUAAGUACGCGUUUUCACACGAAGUUUAACAAAUUCAGGCUUCUAGAGGUCGUAUUGCUCAAUUUUUAAUACAAGCUUACAAGCGAUACAUUACACAGUGUGAUACCGGUGCUUUGAGAGAAACCAUACCACAAUUCAGAACUGACAAAUCACGGAAAGCAGAUAAUUAAAAAGAGGGUGGCACAGAUUUUUUUUCUACUGCGAUUGACGGUGCUUUGUGUGUGUGAAAUCGAAGCUCGAUCGAUGGAACGUGCAUACAACGAAUCGAAUAUUCGAAAGUAAAGUUCGAAUGAAAACGAGAAAGGUGAAAAAGCUGUGAAUCGUUUUUGCAGUGUGGAAAAGAAC